AUGAGCUAUGACAAGGUACACAUCGAAGGGCUUGCUACCAAAGCAAUCAUAGGCCUGGACUCUUGGGGCAGGAACAGUGUGCAAGAUUGCAGCAUCACAGCUGAAAUGGUAACGAAUUUUAGAAAAGCUUCAAGCACAGAUGAUUUGAAGUAUUCACUCAAUUACGCUGUGAUAUCAGACGAUAUAUCGAAAAGGGUUGGAGCUCGCAAAAACCAUAAGUCUUUGAUGGAUCUAGCGAGGGACGUUGGCGGGCAUUUGAAGAAUAAAUACACUGGGAUAGAGAGACUGAUCUUAACGGCGCAAUGCGCCACAACCCAUAUCAGAACCGAUGACGUGCGAGCAGAAGUGACAAUUCCCCCAUCAAGCGCAAAGCCUUAUAACCUAAUACACAUUGGAAAUCUCAAACUUUUGACUUUAAUCGGAGUUUUUUCAUUUGAAAGGCUCAAAAAACAGUUCGUCACUCUCGAGCUCGAUUUACCAGUAAAUCAAGAGGAGACCAGUUUUUCUAGUCAUGAUGUGAUCGAAGAGGUUAUCGCGUUUGUCGAAAAUUCUAAUUUCAAAACCGUAGAGGCGUUAGCCGAGGGCACCGUUCAAUUGAUUACUCAAAGACCUUAUUUUGAGGAGAACAACCAGCUUCCAGUAACCGUCAAAGUCAUCAAACUGAAUGCUAUCACUUCAACUAGAGGUGUUGGUGUGAGCUGCACAAGAAGACAAUGCGAAUUUGAAGGUUUCCCUGCAAUUGAAAUUCCGUCUGCUUCACAAGCCCAUAUUUCGAAGUUCGAUCUACCGGUUCCACAAGAGUUUAAGAAUCUGUCUCAGAAUCGCUACAUCGCGUAUGUCGCUUAUGGGUCUAAUGUGGGCGACAGAUUCUUUAAUAUCCUAAAAGCUAUUGAAUUGAUUAAUUCAAGUAAGCAUUCAAAAGUCACUCGUGUAUCCUCGCUUUUCCAGAGUGAGCCAAUGUACUUUACUGACCAGAAUACUUUCUUGAACGGUUGUCUCGAAUUGGAGACGUCUUUGUCACCCCAUGCGCUUUUGAAGUUUUGCAAAGAAAUCGAGUACGAUGAGUUGAAAAGAGUUAAACAAUUCGACAAUGGUCCUCGUAGCAUUGAUCUGGAUAUCAUUUUAUUCAAAAGUGGCGAAGAAGAACAUGUUUUAGUGAAUGAUGAUCAGUUAACGAUACCACACCCAAGGUUGCAUGAGAGAUCCUUUGUUAUGGAACCUUUAUGUGAACUGGUUGGCCAUGCAGAGCUUCAUCCUAUCACAGCAGAGCCAAUUUUCAAUCAUCUUAUUAAUCUUUAUGCAAAGAGCAAUGCCGAAGACGUCUUGUGGAGAUUGAUACCACUGCCCGCUAGAGGAGGUAAAGAACGCUUCCUUAAAUUUAAGUCUGUGACGGUUGUUGACGAAAUGACUGGAUUUCAUACAACCAAAAGCGUGUCUUCCGCAUAUGUCAUGGGAAUACUGAACGUCACUCCAGAUUCUUUUUCAGAUGGCGGUCUACUGCAAGGGGAAUUGGAUUCUCAACUCGAGCGUACCAAACAAAUGGUAAUGGAUGUCCUUGAUAAAUGUGAGAGUGUGAUUUUGGAUGUUGGCGGAUGUUCGACGAGACCAAAUUCUGAACAAGCAAGUGCUGCGGAGGAGUUGAAUCGUGCAAUACCUCUAGUUCAAGCAAUCAGGUCUUGCAAAGAUUUUCCUAACGAAAAAGUUUUCAUUUCGGUCGACACCUACCGGGCUGAAGUAGCCCUUAAGGCGAUCGAAGCCGGAGCAGACAUUAUCAACGACAUUUCAGGUGGGAAAUUUGACGCUGAAAUGUUUUCUCUUAUCGCAAACCACCCAACAGUCGCUUACGUCUUGUCACAUACAAGAGGUAAUAUCAGAACUAUGUCCUCGAAGACAGAUUAUGCUUCCACAGACUUGACCGAUGGGUCUCAUGAAUAUAUCUUUGCACAAGAUUCGAGUGAUGCAAGUUCAGCAUUCAUAAGGACGAUAGCUAAAGAAACUGCAGAGCAAUAUAGAAAAGCCUUGGACGACAAUGUCAAGAGAUGGCAAAUUAUAAUUGAUCCCGGCAUUGGUUUUGCGAAGAAGUCGGCACAGAAUUUGCGUUUGAUAAAGCAUGUUGAGGAUUUGAAAAACUACAGCUAUCAGUGCCCAAAGCAUUUUACGACGUUCAGAAAUUUACCCGUUUUAGUUGGGCCUUCUCGAAAGAAGUUCAUCGGCGAAAUUACUGGAGAUGAGAAACCCUCCGAUCGAGAUUUCGCGACGGGCGCUCUGAGUGCUUCGUGUGUUGGCUUUGGUGCUGAUAUUGUCAGAGUGCACGACGCCAAAAACUGUAGUAAAACCAUAAAACUCGCCAACGCUCUUUACAGGCAAGUCUGA